GAAGUGCGACACAGAACUGCAAUCUACGCUAACAAAUCUGUUCAGGGCACUUGGAUCAGGAGCUCUGGUGAAUAUGGAACAUUUUCAAGAUGGGAAACAUAGCCAUCACGCCAGAUUCCACGUCGCCUUCAGCCUUUUGUACGAACAUUUGGAAUUGGGCAUCGAGCCCAUGGCUCGAGAAUUAGUGAACUGCGUGGGCGAUUAUGAUUUAAGUCCAGAUGUACCAGCAAAUGGCUAUAGGAGCUUACUAAAGAUAAUAGAGAAAUGCUGCCUCAGGUUGUUACAACUUACACGUCACAUCACUGUCAACAGGGACUCUCUGUUUUUUCGCAGUUCAUUCUAUUGUAAAGAACUGGAAGCAUUUGUCACAGCAUUGGGACAGUUGCGAGUUUGUUUGUACUAUGUCCUCAAAUUCAUCUCGUUUUGUGAUCAAGGAGAUUUAUUUGCAGUAGAUGAAGAAGUGUAUGAACCAUUAGCAGAGGAACUUAUGACAGAGGUGGAGAUGUUAAACCAGGACUGCUUUUAUGGCAGAUGCUUAGCAUUCCAGUUUUGUGAAUCCAUGCAACGACCCCUUCAGGUUGUGUCUGUUGCUAUGGCAUCUUUUGGAGAUGGUUAUCAGGAAACAUCUGGACUCAUGCAAUUUGCCAGCUCUGUAUUGAACAGUGGUAAAUAUUUGCUGGACCCAGAGCUAAGGGGUAAACAGGUUGUUCAUAUGACUCGCACAGCCGAUGUUAACUUUUGUAAAUCUUUCUGGGCAAUAACAGAAACAGAGAUAAUGCAGCAAUUGCCAAGCCUAGUGUGCCCUUCAGUACAGGUGAAUGAAUUAAUAACGCUCCGUCCAGAUGUGCUCACAAUGACCUCCAGUGAUGGUAAAAGGGAGGUUACAAUCCAGCCACCAAGUGCCCACACUGGCCCAGGGCCAGUUAAUAUAAGACUGAUAUCCCACGAUCUCAGAGAUGGUCAGGACCCAAAUGACAAAUAUGGCUUCAAGAAGAACAAGAAGAAAAUUCAGCCUUUAUCCCCCAGCCUGCUUAUACACUGUCAUGGUGGAGGGUUUGUUGCACAGUCCUCCAAGUCUCAUGAGGUGUAUCUGCGUCAGUGGGCCCGAGAUCUGAAGGUGCCCAUUGUCUCUAUAGACUAUUCCCUUGCACCGGAAAACCCGUUUCCCAGGGCCUUGGAAGAAUGCUUUUAUGCUUAUGCCUGGAUAUUAAACAACUGUCAAAGACUAGGAUCCACCGGUGAGGUGAUAUGCUUGGCUGGUGACAGUGCUGGGGCAAACCUCAUGAUCUCCACAUCUCUAAAAGCUGUGGAAGCUGGUAUUCGUGUAGCAGAUGGUAUCAUGGCAGCCUAUACACCAACUCUUGUCCAGUACACCCCCUCCCCGUCACGCCUUCUUUCCCUGAUGGACCCACUCCUGCCUUUGGGCAUUCUCUCCAGAUGUCUGGCUGCCUAUGCAGGGACUCCACCAGGAACUUCUCCAGCCUCUACUGAGAGUCAGUUUAGAAGAGACUCCAAAGGCGAUACAUCCAACUGCCCCGAUAAAGCCGAUGACGAAUGGGUGUAUAUUGAAGAGUGCUCCCCAUCUGAGACCGUAACACACGAGAAGCAGGACAAUGUGUCACUGAGGCCCGAGUUUAAUAUCUCCCCAAACCAUUCCCCCAAACCCUCCUCUGAUACUCUCCCUAACUGUCAGAUUGACCCUGCCAGCUUGACGUCUGAGGCAGAUUACGUGAUUACUGAACUAGCUUCAGACUGUCAGGCCCCCGCUGUCUCAGGGGAUCAGGUUAAAGAUGGAAGUCGAAUGACACCGGACAGUGGUGUCCAUUGUGACCUGGGCGAGCAGUCAGGGCUGGCUUCCUGCAGUGAAUGGUCAGAAGCUGGAAGAGUUAAACUGUCACAUCAGAGAAACCUAAGCUUAGAUAUUCCAAAGGACACACAAGAGAAACCUACACUGCCACCAUCUAAAUUGUUCACCAUUCCAAGGACAUUUUCGGCCCCUGUCUUGGAUGGAAAGCUAUUGCCAAAGUGCCCGUUGUCUCCAACAUACGCUCCAAACUAUGGAACCAAACAGAUUCCUCUGAAUGUCAUCCGUCACCUGACCCUUGCCAAAAAUCCUUUCAUGUCACCUCUGUUGGCCCCUGAUGGGCUACUUCUGGGACUGCCUCCAGUCUACCUUGUGGCCUGCCAUUUAGACCCUAUUCUGGAUGACUCUGUCAUGUUUGCUAAGAAACUGAGAGGGCUGGGUAAGACUGUUCACCUCCAUGUCAUAGAUGACCUGCCCCAUGGCUUCUUGAACUUUGCCCUUGUGAACAAAGAGGCCAAGAAUGCCUCGGACAUUUGCAUUGCCUUCAUUGAUGCAGUAUUUCACCCACAAGACUAAUUUACAUGAAGAAACUUUAUUUUUGUGAAAAAAGGCCAGUGUUAUAGAUUUGUUUUGGUUCAUUUUAAUUGUCUUUGUAAAAAUGCUACUGAGACAUACCUGAUGGUAUGUAUUGUGUUUUUAGGGUACCAUCUUAGAUUCUAUAGAUGGAAACAAGUUAUGUCUAGUGCCAAUAUAAAUAUCAUAGGAAAAGCUGUUGGGGUUUUGAAAAGACAGAUUAAGUAAACUUGACUGACUUCAAGUUUUAGUAAUAUCAAGGAUUUUGUCCUGAAAAGUUUAAUUAAGUAUGAAGUAAUAGACACUUUGU